AUGUCGGACUUGCACAGCCACCUUUUGUCUGUGAGACAUUUUUUGGCGGCCUUUCGAAAUAAUGGGGAUUUCGAAAGGCUGCGUGACGAACAGUGCGAAGGUUGUCGGCAGAGAAUCCGGCAGUCGAACGGCAUCACCAUGGAUGUUGCUACGAGCUUGGCGGCAAUCCUGAAUGACAUGCCCUUCACAGAGCAGCAAAGGAGCCAGCUGCAAAUGGAAUGCAAUCGAAAACUUGCUGAUCUUCCGUCCAGAGGUCGCAGACCAAUGCAGAAUUUUCAAGACUUUGAAGGUUAUCUCACGAAUACCCUAUGGCUCGCCAUCCUUGGCGACAAUCCAGUGCAGAAAGCUCUGGGACCACUCGCUCAUCAUCUCGGUCUACUUGGACUACAGCUUCCUUCAGAGAAAACUUGUAGCAGAGUGACUGCCUUGCUAUUGUACAGAUCGUAUGAUGGCAUGGACAGGGUAUCCAAGCAUCAGGUGUAUGAGCAUGUCAAGAUCGUGAUGAAGAAAGAGCUUGCAGUGAUUCCGAAUUCUGAGUUGCCCUACACGUUGAUUCUUCCAGCAAACCCGUCGCUGCAUGAUGCAAGGUUUUUGAACCGGGCUUUUGGCAAGGAGCCCAGGGUAGUUUGCCAAGUGAAUAUCGCCCAGCUCACCUUCAUUCAGCAAGGAAUCCCUGAGCGUAUGUCUUCAGAUUGUCUGCCGUCAACAGUGUCAAAUGCCAGCAGCAGUGGUUCGAGUGCUUUGGAGCAGGUUGUCAUGGGUGCUGUGAAGAAUCUGUUGGGAAUUCCACAGAAGGUUGUGAAGAAACCAGAAUUGGUCAAUUUGCAGAUCAACCCAGGCAUUUGGCAGAGACAGCCAGAUGCUGGGGUGGAAGCUGGCCAGCUUUCUUUGGGUUUGCCUGAGAGAAGUGGUGCUGAUGCCUCGCACAUGGCCUACAGGCCAGCUCAGAGUGGUGGGCCUGGUGUUCUAGCCAUCCAAGACCGAGGGAUCAUCAAUGUUGGUUCUUCAAGUUUUGCCCGAGCAGUUGCAGACGCAGCGCCGGCGGCCGAGAACGCCGCAACGCCAACGACUGAGGCGGUCGAGGCCGUUCAGGCGGUUGCAGAUGCCGACAACGCCCCUUCCAAAGAGCCGAUUGCAGAUGCAGAGCCACAGCCAGCUGUUCCACAGGAGAAGGAGAUCGUGGGCGCUUUUGAUAGUGUCUUGGGCAAGUUGCGUGAGAAGGUCGGCUCGCAGCCAGCAUCUAUGAAAAGGCCAGCCGCAGGGAUGAAGAGACCUGCGGCUGCCACAAGUGAGGCCCACAUCAAUGCUGCAAAACCGCAAGCUUCUAAGGCAACCCCCAAGAAAAAACCUGCUGGUCCUCAGAAAAUUGUGAAAAAGGGAAAUGUGAAGAAGGGAAAUAAGAAGAAUCAGAAACCGUCCAAGCCACCGAAUGCUUUGGCAUUGUAUCCGGGUGGCUGCGCCAAGUGUAGAUACAAGCCAGGCUGUACUCCAUCCUGCUUUAAGCAGCGCAAGGAGUGGCCCUAG